GCCUCAUAUAACCCUCACAUCACCUAAAGCAGACCCGUAUAGGUAGUUUUAGGUAUAGGGCUGUGUAUAUGCCAGCCACUUCAAUGUGACCUGCGUCCGCCAUACCGUUAUGAUAGGACUGCACGGCUGCAAUAUCUUCAGACCGAAGCGCGCGUGCGGGACACACACAGCUUAUCAGAGGAACAGCACUCGUCCGGUAUAAAAGUCACUUGGAGCUCGAGCCACGAACUGCUACUAAAGAGGUGAAAAUGGCCGAGGACAUUAAGACCAAACUUGAGAACUAUAGAACCGCUCCCUUCGACGCCAGAUUCCCCAACCAGAACCAGACCAGGAACUGCUGGUCCAACUACCUGGACUAUCACCGCUGCCAGAAAGCUCUGGAAGCCAAAGGAGAAGACACCCUGCCCUGUCAGUGGUACAAGAGGGUCUACACAUCACUCUGCCCCAUCUCCUGGGUUCAGAAAUGGGAUGACCAGAGAGCAGAGGGAACCUUUCCAGGAAAAAUCUAAGAUUGCCAUCUCCAAAGCUGUUGGACUGCAACGAAUGUAAUCUUCUCAGCUAAAUGUUUGUGUUUGUGGUGGGAGACCACGUGGCUCCAUCACCACCUUUCCACUACUGGUGCUCUGUCCUGGGAGCACGCUGAAACUGAAUGGUCAUUCCCUACAAAUAUCACAAAAUGUACAGUGAGUUCUGAAUUAAAAUAUCUCAGGAUAUAUUUAUGGA